AUGGCUCCUCACGCUAGCUCGGAUGCUGUCAAUGGCGCCCUGAACGGGUCGGUUCGCCAGGAACCCUCUCUGUUUACUGUCCAAUCGCCCAAUGUCGUCUACACGGACGACGAAAUCAAGUCGAAGUACGCCUAUCAGACUACUGAGAUUACCCGCUCUGCGGACAACAAGUUGGUGGCUACCCCUAAGGCCACUAACUACAACUUCAAGGUCAACCGUAAGGUUGGCAAGGUCGGCAUGAUGCUGGUCGGCUGGGGUGGAAACAACGGUUCCACCGUCACCGCUGGUAUCCUGGCCAACCGUCGCAAGCUCUCGUGGGAGACUCGUGAUGGCCAGCAAACCUCCAACUACUAUGGCUCAAUCGUCAUGGGCUCCACUGUCAAGUUGGGCACGGACGCUAAAACGGGCGAGGAGAUCAACAUCCCCUUCCACGACCUGCUCCCCAUGGCCCAUCCCAAUGAUUUGGCCAUUGGUGGUUGGGAUAUCAGCAGCCUGAACUUGGCCGAGUCCAUGGACCGUGCCCAGGUGUUGGAACCCACUCUCAAGAACCAGGUCCGCAAGGAGAUGGGUGAGAUGAAACCGUUGCCUAGUAUCUACUAUCCCGACUUCAUCGCUGCCAACCAGGAGGACCGUGCCGACAAUGUCGUCAAGGGCGACAAGGCCUGCUGGGAGCAUGUGGAGCACAUCCAGAAGGAUAUCCGCGACUUCAAGGCCAACAACGGGUUAGAUAAGGUGAUUGUCAUGUGGACCGCCAACACCGAGCGGUACGCGGACAUCAUUCCCGGUGUCAACGACACCGCCGAGAACCUGAUCAACUCCAUCAAGACAGGUCACCUCGAAGUUGCUCCUUCCACCGUGUUCGCCGUGGCCUCCAUUCUCGAGGAUACUCCUUUCAUCAACGGUUCCCCCCAGAACACCUUUGUCCCCGGUGCCCUGCAGCUUGCGGAGCAGCGCAAGGCCUUCAUUGGUGGUGAUGACUUCAAGUCCGGCCAGACCAAGAUGAAGUCCGCUCUUGUGGACUUCUUGAUCAACGCCGGUAUCAAGCUCACCUCCAUUGCCAGCUACAACCACCUGGGCAACAACGACGGCAAGAACCUGAGCUCUCAGAAGCAGUUCCGCUCCAAGGAGAUCUCCAAGUCCAACGUUGUGGAUGAUAUGGUCGCAGCCAACCACAUUCUCUACGAGAAGGAUGAGCACCCCGAUCACACCGUUGUCAUUAAGUACAUGCCUGCUGUCGGAGACAACAAGCGCGCUCUGGAUGAGUACUACGCUGAGAUCUUCAUGGGUGGUCACCAGACCAUUAGCUUGUUCAACAUCUGCGAGGACUCGCUGUUGGCUUCGCCUCUCAUCAUCGAUCUGGUCAUUCUCGCCGAGAUGAUGACUCGUAUCAGCUGGCAGGCGGACUCCGAGGGAGCCGAGUACAAGGGCUUCCACAGCGUUCUGAGCAUCCUCAGCUACAUGCUCAAGGCCCCUCUGACUCCCCCCGGCACCCCCGUUGUCAAUGCCCUUGGCAAGCAGCGCUCUGCUUUGAUCAACAUCUUCCGUGCCUGUGUUGGCCUCCAACCCGAGUCGGAGAUGACCCUCGAGCACAAGCUGUUCUAG